AUGUCGCUCGCCCCCGGACCCCUGCUACGUACGAAGAACUGGCUCCCGGCGGAGGUGCAGUGCUUCCCCCCCCCCCGGGGGGGGGGGGACUCCUUUCGUUUUAAUACGCAGGGCAUUUCGGGAAAGACGUGCUGCAGUGUCUCUGCCCCGGUUGCGGUAUACACGCGGCUCCUCGCGCUCGUUACUUGCAGUCGUAUACGGUCAGAGGGCCAGAGGACUUUUUUAGCGCACGCGGGACACUUGACCACCAACGUAUGCGACGCGUCUGACCCCAAAGACGAGACCACCGUCUGCCCCUUGAUCCUCAUCGGACCAUCAAACAACCCGCACAACCUGAGCUUGCUGGCCGCUCGGUUAGGACCGUUCGUGUCAGGCGCCGAAUAA